AUGGUCCGCAUCAGCAUCACAACCGUCCUGGCCUUCGCCAUCACCGCGCUCGCGGCCGUGACGCCCAACAACGCCGGCGCCAAGAACGUGGGGACCGGCAGCGGCGAGCAGUUCAUCACGGGCGGGUGCGUCAACAACGCCGACUGCGGGUCGGCGUGCUGCGCCGACAACGGCUCCGGCCAGGGCGUCUGCUCCAACGAGGCCGCAGCGCUCCAGAACGGCAAGCUGGGCUGCGGCUUCGUCGACCCCAAGGCCGCCGCGACCAUCGCCGCCGCCAAGGCGCAGGUCCAGAAGCAGGGUUUCUAA